AUGGCAAAAUCUGCAUCCUUCCUGUUCGAGGUCCGGCCACGGUCGGCCAUGGUUAAAGCGAAACCCGUCCGCAGUGUGAAAAGUGCUUCCGCUGCGAUGCGACCCGUGCCAGCAUUUUCGAUCGAAUCGCUCCAGAAGAACACCUACGUAAUGGGGCCACCGAAGGCGCAGAAACAGCGAUACAUGAUACAACCGAAGGCGACCUCCUUCCGCAUGUACUACGAGCGGGGCGAUCUGCCAAUCAAGAUGGAGUAUCUGACCGGUGGCGAUAAGAUUGCCUGGACGGUCGACAUCGAUAAGCUCGAUUACGGGCUGUAUCUGCCGCUGUUCUUUGACGGGCUGUCGGAAACACGCCACCCGUACAAAACGUACGCCCGGCAGGGCGUCCAGGACCUGUUGGCACACGGUGGCGACAAGAUCUAUCCCGUCAUACCGCAGCUAAUUAUUCCGAUUAAGAAUGCGCUCAACACACGCAACGUGGAAGUAAUGUGCGUUACGUUGAAAAUUAUUCAGCAGCUCGUAAUGUCGUCGGAUCUGAUCGGGCCGGCCCUUGUGCCGUUCUAUCGCCAGCUGCUGCCCAUGUUUAAUGCGUACAAGGUGAAAAACAUCAACUCGGGCGAUGCCAUCGAUUACGGCCAGAAGAACAACAUGAACGUGGGCGACCUAAUUGACGAGACGCUGCAGGUGCUGGAGCGGCACGGUGGCGAGGACGCUUUCAUCAACAUUAAGUACAUGGUACCGACGUACGAGUCGUGCUAUCUAAAUUAA